AUUGUACCAGCACAAUCUUCAGCAGUUGCUAAUUUACGAGCACCAAUUGUGGUAAUACCAGAUGUUGGUGGAUCUGGUUGAGCUGGUUUUGAUAAACUAGACUCACACAACAGACACAAUACCAUCAACAAUACUACACCCACCAUUCUGAAAAAAAAAACAUCAAUAAAAUAAAAUAUGACCAUCUUAUUUUUCAUCAUGGAGAAAGCAGAUAUUUUUUUUUUCUCUCAACAUUGUGUAACAUGAGCUGGAGAAAUGAACGAAAAAAGUCCAUGUAGAGGGUUUGAGAAAAAUGACUUAAAUGGAAUAAGGAAAUAUUGUCCUUUCACUUUGUUUACUGAUCAUCAUCUUAUCUGGUUGAAGAUAAUUAAGUCAAGUAGUUAAACUUAUGGCGAGAGAGGCGUUUGCAAUGAACAAGAACGAGCCAAUGGAUAUGGAUCGAUGAUUUCGAUUGACUACUUUCACUUGUACAUGACAGUAUGACGCGCUUUCGCGCUACUUGAAUGAAAAAAAAAAUAAUAUAAUAAAUUCAGUUCACAAUACCCACGUAUUAUAAACGAAAAAAAUUUAGUAAAAUGAAUUUUUUUUUUUUCUGAAUUUUGGAUGACGGAAUAAACCAGGACGAGCACAUUCAGCACGACCACCUGGUGUUAAUUCAAGUACACCAAUAUCAUCUGAAUAAACAUAAUCUUCUGAUGAUGAUGAUUUUUGUGUUUUUCUUGACAUUUUUUGACCAAGACUUUUACCAGUACGUAAUGAAAUUUGACCAUUUGUUGAUGAUGCACUUGCUUCAAUAUCACUUGCUGAUAUACGAAGUGGUGAUGAUGUUGUUGUUGAUGUUAUUGAUGUUGUUUCUUCACUUGAUUCAAGAUCAACAUAAACAUCUGUUUCAUCAUAAUUUCUUAAAUCAAUUUUUCCUUUUGAUGAUUCAAUUAAUAAUGGUUUAUUUGAUCUAAAAUCAGCAAAUGGAUCUGAUUUACAUAUACAUUCACCACCAAGUUUACCAAGUAAAACAGGAUGUAGAUCACUGUAUUUAACAACAACUUUACCACGUGAUUUAGAAAAUUACCAAGAUCCAUGCAAGCAAAGAACCAUCUACAAUUUUCUGGAUCAGCAUAGUAACCAGCUCCAGGACAACGGAAACGACGAGCACUUGAUGGAGCAAUUUCUGGACUUCCAGGGCAUGGUGAUCCUUCUGAUAAAGAACCAGGCCAAACACAAACAUCAGUACGCUCAUCAAAUGCUAAACCAGCUGGACAAUCAAAUUCAAAUACACUGUAUUCAUCAACUGCUUGAUUGAAUUUAACACAACGAUAGAAUCUUUAUUGAAAAAAAAAAAAUAAAAACAACAGGUGGUUUAUGGUUUGAUGAAUGACUUUGUACAAACACUUAUCCAUAUGUAUACAUUCUCAUUCGCACGCUCACUUGGAUAGACCAGAAGCAUCAACUGAUCAACAGCCUCAGCAAAUCCAAGAGAAAAUAAACCCAACAAGGGUAGUAACACCCGUGCCUGCAUCUUCACUUUGUCACUGAAUAAUCCACUUCAAUCUUCACACAAAAAUCAAGAAACUAUUACUAAAAAAAUGUUCACUUAUAAAUUAAAACAACAAGGAAUUAAAAAAAAAAAAAAAAAACUAUUAAACUGUUUAAUUGAUCAGCCAGCAAUUUGCUGCUUUGAGUAAGAGUGCACGAUACGUACUGGACCCUCGUUGGAAAAGUUUGCUCACCAAGUUAAAAAGACCAGACGAAUGAUGCACCAAUACUGAUGAAAAAUAAAAAAAGUAUUAUUACGUGUAAAUGUACAAUUUGGAAGUACAAGUUAACACUUAAAAAGUCAAAUACUAUUAAUAUGUAAAAAUAUUUAUUUAUUGGGGAAUAUAUAUGGAAUAAUAUGUCAUAUGAUAAUCAAUAAAAAUCAUUGAAUAAAUAAAUAUUAUAAAAUGAUUAUGACAAAUCAAACAAAAGAUACAUGAUGGUUAACGUAUGGAAAAAUGAUUGGAGUGAUAAUUCAUUUGCCUGGAGGUAUGAAAUACAUAUUAUAAAUAUAAAACUACUGCAAUAUAGUGACGGUGUUAUAAUACAGAGGCGGCAGCAACAUCCACAAGAUGUAAUAUGUUUUUUCAUUGGGGAAAGAAUUUUAAACAUGUUCAAAACUUUGGAUAAUUUUGAUACAAUUUAUUCGGCUGAUUCAGUUGAAUGGUGUCCAAUUGAUGAUUUUAAAGAUUUAUUUGUAUGUGGUACUUAUCAACUUGCACCAGAGGAUGAACAAUCAAAUGAAAAAUCACAAAAACGUGAUGGAAAAAUAUAUCUUUUUAGAAUAGAAACAAUGGGUAAAUUAAAAUUACUACAAACAAUUGAUGUUCCAGCUGUUUUGGAUAUGAAAUGGUCACAUGUUCGAAUUCAAAAUAAUAUUUAUCUUGGUGUUGUAAAUUCAAUUGGAUAUAUUCAAAUAUACAAAUUACAAAUUGAUGAAACAACUGGUGAUGCAAUGAUUAAAUUACAUAUUGAAAAAAAAUUAUCUCAAAAAUCUGGUGAUGAAAUAUUGGCUUUGUCAUUGGACUGGAGUACUGGAAAAUGUCAAAAUGAUAAUAUAAAUGAUGCUAAAAUAACAGUCAGUGAUUCUGAGGGUAAAAUAACAAUAUUUAAUUUUGAUUCUCAUAAUGAUUUGUCAGUGUUAUCAUCUCUAGAAGAACAUGAAUUUCAAGCUUGGAUAACUGCAUUUAAUUACUGGAACACCAAUAUAAUUUACUCUGGUGGUGAUGAUUGUAAAUUCAAAUGGUACGAUUUACGAGUGGAUACAAAAUUAAUUGGAUCAAAUAGAAUUCACGAGGCUGGUGUCACAAGUCUCCAUUCAAAUUCAAAUGAAGAAUUUAUUUUAGCAUCUGGAAGUUAUGAUGAAAAAUUACGUAUUUGGGAUACGAGAAACUUUCGUCGACCAAUAUCUGAAAAUAAUUUAUCUGGUGGAGUAUGGAGAUUAAAAUGGGAUCCAUUUUAUCAUAAAUAUUUACUUGGAGCUUGUAUGUAUGGUGGUUUUAAAUUAAUUGAUUGUAAUUCAAUAGAUGAUCCAAAAAUUAUUGGUGAAUAUAAUGAACACAAAAGUAUUGCAUAUGGAUGUGAUUGGUCUUCACUUGAUAAUGAUACAAUUGGAAGUAAAUUAUCUGAAGAAAAUUGUCAAAAUAUUGUCAUUGCAACAUGUUCAUUUUAUGAUCAUAAACUUGAUUUAUCAACAUUUAUUUUAAACAAGUUGAUUUAUCUGGAAGUGUUUAGAUGGAGCCACAAUACCCGUUUUGUGGGCUUAUGAAUUUGCGAAGAACAGCAACACCCAGCUCUCCCAGUCUCUGGAUUUUGUGUGUGCUCGAUAAAAAUCAGUCAUUGUGUUCAGUUGUGUUGGUCGUUGUUGAGGGUGAUGUUUGGCGUUGUUCGUUGAUUAUAUUUAUAUUUAUUUUUUUCCACUACUGAUGUGAUUAUAUCUUCCAGUUUUUUUUAAUACUAAAAAAUCAGUAAGUGAUUAAAAAAAAAAAUAUACAAAAUACAUUAGUGCAAAUUGGAUUUGUGAUUAUUCUUCACAAUUAAUUGGUAA